GACGAGGACAGGCUAGUGUGGUCCCCACCGAGCAAUUGACGUGUCCGAGGAAGUGAUGGAAGGAUGGCACAAUGUGCUUGAAUGUCCCAUAAGCGAGCGGGUUCUAUAUUAAACUCCGGUCCGGUUACGGGUCGUUCGUUCGGUUGUCCAUCGUUCAGUCACUGGACUGUCUCCAGACGGCCGGAUCGGUUCGACCGACAGCAGGAUAACGCGCGCGAUCCAUCCUCUCCUGCUCUCCUCGUUUUCUCACAUCGUGUCGUCUCUCGACGCGUGAUUACCCCGCAGUGCUCACGCUGUAACCCUCGCGAAUCCGAUCGAUCGAUCGAUCGCUUGCCCCGGCGAACUCGCACGGACGAUGAGCCGAUCGAGCGGUUCGCUGUCUUCUUAGAGAAAGCUGCGACGGUUCCGUAACACACACACACACACACACAAAAAUACAUACAGGCGCAACGAAGCGUGACUGAAUGCUCGAUCGGCCAUCGAGGAACAAGGAGAACCAGGACUCGAGGGGUUCCUGGCCCGAUCGACUCGCUGCCUCGCGGAGUGUGCGCGUGACGUGUAGAUAGACCAUUCCGACGCUGAAAAAUUUAUACACAAAGCUUGGAUAAAGUAGUAUCACUCGAUGAUGCUGAAGGGUGCGUUAUUGUUGCUCCUUCAUUUAUUCUGCGAAAUCGCAUUGGCAGCACAAUGCGGCAAAGUAUGGCUAACUGUCUCCUCAUUGUGGAGACCAAUCGCUGCCAGCGACAAGGUGGUCGACGCUGAGCUCGAAGUAAAUUGGGAUCUCGAUUGUCCAUCGAGCACAGGAUAUCCAGAUACCAUCAAGGUGUUCACUGCUGACCCAGCACAUAACAAAACGGUGAAACCUAAGCUGAUUUUGACCUCGCUGCAAUACCCACGGGGUUACUAUCGAACGAACAUCACCGUGGGACGGCCACCGCUUCCGGGUGGAUGGGACACCAAGGACGGCGCGACACUUCCUGGUCCGCAUUGCUUGAAACAUCACGCUGCCCUUUACAAGGAUGGGGUCAUCCUUACCAGCUCAUGCUUGCAGAUUUGGCCAACGUGGAUGUACGACUUGAGGAGACAAUUAGGAAGACUUCCGAUAGGAAGCUUGAUGAUACCGGGGACGCACAAUUCCGGGUGUUACAAGCACGGUGAUCUGACGAGGCGAGACGCGUUUCAAAGAUACCUUCUGACGCAGGAUCGCGAUGUGUGGACGCAGUUAGUGCAUGGUGUAAGGUAUCUGGACAUCAGGGUAGGUUACUAUCCGUCGAUUCCGAAUGGCACCGCCGUCGAGGAGGGCAACCACAUCAGCAGAUUCUGGAUCAAUCACGAUGUCAUACGGAUCACCCCUCUCUCGGCCAUCAUCAAAGACGUGAGAAACUUUCUGAACGUCGCUAGGGGAGAGGUGGUCAUCAUGGACUUUCAUAGAUUCCCUGUGGGAUUCGAAGACAGACCGAGCAGGCAUCGUCGAUUAGCCAUGAUUCUCUUGCGAGAAUUCGAAGGCCUGAUUCUGAAACCGGAUAGAGGUGUCGAAGGUCUGGGCCCGACCCUGAAUGAUAUUUGGACCGGAGGGAAACGCCUGAUAAUUUGCUACGGCGACAAACACACCGUUAAUGAGUACGACUGGCUAUGGCCAACGAUGUCUCAAGCCUGGGGCAACCAACAGACCGUGGAAGGUUUGUUCAAGUAUCUGGACAAAGUAAUCAUGGGUCCGAAGAAGUCACGAAACAGUCAAAAUCCACUGUGGGCAGUGAUGGCGGAAUUGACACCAUACCCAUUGGACAUAAUCUUCAAUUUGUCCGGUGGAUUACGGCAGAUGGCCGACUCGGUGAACAGAAAUCUCACGUACAAGUUCCAGGAGGAAUGGUGGAAGGAGACGAACAUCGUCGCGACGGAUUUCUUCCUCGGGAAUAAUUUGAUCGAUGUGUCGAUACAAGCGAACAUUAAGAAGAGCAAUAUCGCCCAGUGGCGUCUAUAACGCGACAGUAAAUUCGUGUAUUCUACGAAGAUUUCACUUUGAUUAGAUGUUGAAGUUUGACGAACGUCUUUUCUUUUUUUUUUUUAGAAAUGAUUGAUUAAUCCUAGAAAUCGAUCGAAUCGCUUUUCGGAAUAAAUGUUCUCUAUGAAAAUAUUUCUGAAAUUUCUUCGAACAAUUGAAACGUGAGAAAUUGAUCGAAAAGAAGUAUAAGAGGGAACAGGAGUUUAAAAAAAAAUCUUAGGAUAACUG